AUGGGCCAGGAUUACUACGCGGUGCUGGAGCUGAACCGCAGCGCCAAGGAUGCUGACAUCAAGAAGGCAUAUCGGAAGCUGGCUCUGAAAUAUCAUCCCUUAAAGAACAAAGACCCCUGGGCUCCUGGGAAAUUCAAGCAGCUGGCCGAAGCCUACGAUGUCCUGAGUGACCGUAAGUAA